UAAAAUGUGUUACAUGUGCAUGUGUGCUAAAAAAGAAAGGGAAGUAUUUGGGCUUAACAGAGAUGAGAUGAGAUGCAGAGCAUUUGGGAAAAACUGUACAGUGUGUUGUGUCGACCCAAAAACAGGAGAGCCCCCUCCCUACGACAACAGUCAACCUUUUUACCAAAACAGUCUAUACAAGUGACGCAAGCCGUGACACAUAUAAGGGUCCCUCGCACGUGUCCUAUACUCCAUUCACGUAUUGCCACGUGCUGUCUGCGUUCACCUUUACCAACGAAAAAACAACCUUACAUGGUUUGAAGUUCGAGGAGUUUCUCUUGUUUUUGUGUCACUAUAUACACCUUCCCCUAACUUCACUAAUCCCACGUGUAUUUUUUAUUCAACCUUUUUGACUCAUCAAUUUAAAUUCAUCCUAUAAAACCAUAGCUUCUUCCUUUCUUACAACUUCGAACUUCAAAACCGAAUACAACCCAACCCAAGCCACCAAAAGAAGAAUAAGAAAUAUCAAGAACAAGAACAAGAAUGCAAGGUGGAUUAGAGUUCCCACCUGGGUUUAGAUUUCAUCCUACUGAUGAUGAACUUGUGAAUCACUACUUAUGUAGAAAGUGUGCUUCACUACCUAUUUCUGUUCCAAUUAUCAAAGAAAUUGAUUUGUAUAAGUUUGAUCCAUGGCACCUUCCAGAAAUGGCUCUUUAUGGUGAGAAAGAAUGGUAUUUUUUCUCUCCAAGGGACAGAAAAUAUCCAAACGGUUCAAGACCGAACCGGGCUGCAGGAACCGGAUACUGGAAAGCCACUGGAGCCGAUAAGCCGAUUGGUAAGCCGAGGCCACUUGGAAUAAAGAAAGCACUUGUGUUCUAUGCUGGUAAAGCUCCUAAAGGAGUUAAAACCAAUUGGAUCAUGCAUGAAUAUCGUCUUGCAAAUGUCGAUAGAACCGCAUCAAAAAAUAAUCACAAUUUAAGACUUGAUGAUUGGGUGUUGUGUCGAAUUUACAACAAGAAAGGGAAGAUUGAGAAAUACAAUGACACAAAACCAUCAAUGUUUUCAAAGGAAGUUCAAUUUGAGAAUGAGACGAAACUUAAGAUCGAAAUGAACGGCCUGGAUGACUUUAGGAUAAUUAAUGAUCAAUUAUGCACUGACACGUCAGAUUCAGUGCCACAGUUUCACACGGACUCAAGUUGUUCUGAGCACGUGGUUUCGCCGGAUGUCACGUGCGAUAAAGAGGUCCAAAGCGAGCCCAAAUGGAAUGAAUUUGUUUUGGGCCCAGACCCAGUUUCAGCCUUUGAUUUUCAGUUGAAUUUUAUGGAUGAUGGUGAAGAUGACUAUUUUACCCCUCAGGUUCAGUACCAAAUGAAUAAUUGGCAAGAUGUGUUUAUGUACCCACCUAAGUAAUCUUGAUUUGUUAUUUUCAAUAGUAAAAUAAUAGAAAUAGGUCAUGGUCAUGGGGUUUGAAAAUGAAAAUGACCCUUUGGAGGAUAGGGGAUCCUAAAAUGGUAGGGGUCCCAUGGGUAUUUUAAAUUGGUUGUAGACAAAAAUCAUGUUCAUACCUACCAAACAACUACUAACUGCAACUGCAAGUGGAGGUCCUAGUGGUGCAUGUGUGUUCUUGGGUAGGUGAUUACUAGGGAUUGUUUAAUUUGGGAUGAUAUUGAUUUAUGAUUAGUAUGGUUGAAGUUGAAGAAAAAUGGAAUCAUUUUAUUUGUAACUAAAAAACAAUAAGCAAAAUGAUUUCAAUUCUCAACUAGGUGGAGAUUCAAUUAGUCAUGUUAUUAGGGGUAUAUGGUAGUGUUAACAUGUAAUUCAUGUAGAAAAUUCUUGUUCCAAUUCUUAUUAUUGUAGUAAGAUUUUUUUUAUAAUGUUUGUUUUAUAAUAUAUAAUCUAGUGAUUUAAUUCA